GCACGGCUCAUAUUUUCUCUAUUCCCUCCCGACACUAGAGCAGGCCUGCGUCUCAGCAGCCUGGCUAUAUAAUCUCAAUCCUUUGCUGGUCCAAUGUUGAGGCUUGUGUCGUCCGUGUCGCGACCCAACUCGGCGGGGCGACUCGGAAAGGUCGCAACGUCAACUCAGGCUUUGUCUAGAAAGUUCUCGGCGACGUCCUCGAGAGGUGCAGAUGUUACACUUACGAUUGACGGCAAGGAAGUCACUGUUCCGCAAGGAACCGCGUUGAUUCAGGCUUGCGAGGCUGCUGGUGCCACAAUACCAAGGUUUUGCUACCAUGACCGUCUCGCAAUUGCUGGCAACUGUCGUAUGUGCUUGGUUGAAGUCGAGCGGUCACCCAAACCUGUAGCAUCAUGCGCAAUGCCCGCAAUGCCUGGUGCAAGGGUUUGGACCAACACCCCUCUCGUGCACGAAGCCCGUGAGGGUGUUAUGGAAUUCCUCCUCGCCAACCACCCACUCGACUGCCCCAUCUGCGACCAGGGUGGUGAAUGCGACCUCCAAGACCAAUCCAUGCGAUACGGCUCCGACCGAACACGAUUCCACGAAAUCACCGGCAAGCGCGCCGUCGAAAACAAGGACCUCGGUCCCCUCGUCAAAACCUCGAUGAACCGCUGCAUCCAAUGUACCCGCUGCGUCCGCUUCGCCAACGAAGUCGCCGGCGUCGAGGAGUUCGGCACCACCGGCCGUGGCAACGACAUGCAAAUCGGUACUUAUGUCGAGAAGACGAUGGACUCGGAGUUGUCUGGUAACAUCGUCGACCUGUGCCCCGUCGGUGCACUGACGAGCAAGCCCUACGCCUACCACGCUCGUCCAUGGGAGCUCAAAAACACCGAAUCAAUAGACGUCAUGGACGCUGUUGGGUCGAACAUCCGUAUCGACUCGCGCGGCGUCCAAGUCAUGCGUAUCCAACCCAAAACCAACGACGACGUCAACGAGGAAUGGAUCAGCGACAAGACCCGAUACGCCUACGACGGUCUCAAGUUCCAGCGCCUGACCACUCCCCUCGUCAAGCAGGGCGACCGCUUCGUCAGCACCAGCUGGGAGGAGGCUUUGAAGGUCGUCGCUGACGGCCUCGCCGCCUCGGGUGCGACCGGCGACGAAAUCCAAGCCGUCGCUGGCGCCUUUGCCGACACCGAAUCCCUCGUCGCGCUCAAGGACCUCGUCAACCGCCUCGGCUCUGAGAACCUCGCGAGCGACCAAGUCAACGGCUCCGCCCCGCCCGUGCACGGCGUCGACAUCCGCUCCAACUACCUCUUCAACAGCACCAUCCCCCGCAUCGAAGAGGCCGACGCCAUCCUCCUCGUCGGCACCAACCCGCGCCACGAAGCCGCCGUCCUCAACUCGCGCAUCCGCAAGUCGUGGCUGCACACCGGUCUCGAAGUGGGCUUGAUUGGUGAGCGCGUGGAGACGACGUACGGGUAUGACUACCUCGGUGGGGACGCCAAGGCUUUGUCCGAGUUCAUCACUGGCAAGAACGCGUUUGCGGACAAGUUUAAGAACGCGAAGAAGCCGUUGAUUAUUGUUGGUAGCGCACUUGCUGAGCACCCUGAUGCGGCCGCUAUUUACCACGAGCUGGCGACGUUUGUGGAGGCUAAUAAGGCCAAGUUGGUUACUCCUGAAUGGAACGGAUUCAGCGUUCUUCAACGGGCCGCCUCCCGCGCCGCAGCCUACGACAUCGGCUUCGCACCCACGAAGAAGUCGUCCACCGCGAAGCCCAAGUUCAUCUACCUCCUCAACGCCGACGAGAUCGACCCCAAGUCGAUCCCCAAGGACGCAUUCGUCGUGUACCAAGGCCACCACGGUGACCUCGGUGCGCAGCUCGCGGACGUGUGUCUCCCUGGUGCUGCCUACACCGAGAAGGGCACCACCUGGGUCAACACGGAGGGCCGGACUCAGCUUGGUCGUGCGGCUGUUUCGCCGCCUGGAGCUGCUCGUGAGGAUUGGAAGAUUAUUCGUGCCCUCUCGGAAGUCAUGGGUUCCCCCCUCCCCUACGACGACAUCCUCGAGCUCCGCGACCGCAUGUGGGAUAUCUCUCCCACCUUGGUGCGGUACGACAAUGUGGAGCCUACGACGACUGAGAUUGUCCUUGCUGGUUUGAAGAACAUCGGGUUGGCUACCCAGGGAUCCAAGAUUUCUGGUGUACCGUUUAGGAGGCCUAUUUUGAAUUUCUAUCAGACUGAUCCUAUUUCGAGGGCAUCGGUCACGAUGGCGCAGUGCACCAAGGCGUUUGUCAAGGGUGACAACUAUGGAUUGAGUGAAGUUGGAAAGGGUGCUCAGUCGGCGUUUGCAUGAUUAUGUAGAUGUUUAGACGACAGCAGCAACAUUUCAAUUUCGUUCCACAUUUGCAGUAGACCAUCCACACCCUUUUUUCUUUCUCAUUAUAUUUCUGGUGGUAUAAAUAAUAGGACGAUC